AUGAGCUUUCAUACCAUUGAGUAUUCAGCUGGUAUGGUUUCCCCUAAUUCGAAUAACCAAUUAGCGCUAGGAAAUGUGCAAAGUGGAGCGGCCGCGUCGCAUGGGAUUUUUACGUAUGAUGGGGGCAUUCCUAUGCUAUUUUUCGUCCCAUUCAACGACCCAAAUAGAUAUGAGUACAAGCAGAAGAUAAUUAGUCAUGGAGGGAUUAUUACGGAUACGGAGCCUAAUGAGUCUACUGGUAAUAGAAUUAUAUUGCUAAGCUCGUUCAAUAUAAGGGGACAAUUGUGCUUCAAGUUGAGUUUUAUUGACGACUCGAUCAAGAAUAAUGGGGUUUGUGAUUUGAGUAACUAUAAAUACCAGAUUCCAGAGGUUUAUGAUCCAUCUAGUGUUUCUGGUCAAAACAAGGUCAUCAAGAUCAAUUCAGAAGGAGACGGGGCAGACCAGAAUGAUGCAGCUGCGUUUUCUAAUGUGCUUAGUAGAAACGUUAGACCACCGCCAAUGAGAACAUCGCGCCGGUUCACAGACUUGAAGGACGAAUAUAUUUUGAAGCAAAUUAGAUUGAACCCAAGGUUAAGAAACAGUCAUAAGUUUUUUGACGGUUUAGCGCUUCAUGACGUUUUGAAAGGUCACACAGGGAAUUCAAUUAGAAGUAGAUAUAGAAAUCACUUGGAAUCUAGGUUGGCCUAUGUGUAUAAGACCGAUGAAGAUGGUGUAUUGAUUAAGUCUGCUGAUGGAAAGAAUAUUAGAGAUAGUCUUGAGAAUUUACCUAAGACUUUGAAGAAUAGGUUUACGGCAUUAGAAGAUUUCAACUUGUGUACUGAGCUAAUUGAGUAUAGUAGACUAAAGUACUACGAAGAUUUAGAGUCUGGUGCUGUUGAUAAGGACGAAGAUGGUAAGCCAAAACCUUUUGAUUUAUAUCAAGAGUUCACAGCGCCAGUAUCAUUCUUCGCAAUGAUGGCUAAGAAUUAUCCAAGUCACUCAUACCAUUCAUGGAGAGAUAGAUACAGAAAAUUUGUUCGCCAAUACGGCGCUCAGAAAUAUAUUGAUGACUAUAAUAGAUCAAUUCAAAAUGGUGAAACACCCGAACAAAUGAAAAAUUUCACUGGGAAAAAGGCAGGACUUACCAGGGGAUUCAAAGAAUUGAUUGGAUCGAGCUACAAUGAUAAUUACAGAGCACUCCCAUCCAACGAAAAUGCCGGGGAUGAUGGAGCAAUAGAUGAAAAAAUAAAGCAGAUUAGAUCCUCGAAUUAUGCAAAUGCUGCUGAGAAUGCUGGCGAACAUGAAAUCCAAGAAGGAGAAGGAGAAUCAAAUAAUGAUAUUGAGCUGGUGAUUGAAUCACAAUCUCAAGCCGAAUCUCAACCGCAAGGUAAAGGUGGAUCUCUUCUUGAUUCUCAAUCUACCUCGCAGAUGUGGUCGGAUUUUGAUAUUAAAUACCUUCCUGAAGGUAUAACUCUUGAACACCUAUUAAAUAAGAACUUUUUUAAAAUUUCACCUAAUGAGAUCAGUACGAGGGUGGAAACAAUAUUAAAUGAUAUUGAGCUUGCGGCUCCAGCCGUGUUACUUAAAUCAUUCAAUGAGAUAGGUAUCAAUGAUGUUUUUACUGCUCAUUUAAUUAUGGCUGCGACUGGGGAUAUUGUGAACAUGCAAGUAUUUAUUGAUCAAUUUUUACAUUUGAUUCCACAUUUACUGGAAGAUAAACUUUAUGAUGGGUUACAAAUUGAAGACACUGAUGGUAUAUGGACUAGUAAGUUAGACAAUUAUCUACUCAGUGGUUCGAAACAGGACAUGAAGAAAUUACAAGCAAUUCAAAGUCCACAAUCCAUCGAGGCCAGAAGACAUUUUCUUGAAAAAUUUUCGUAA